GCGAUUAUAAGCGUGCAUCGUUACCUCGCAACCGCCUCAGCAAGCUGCAAACCGUGAAGGGAGCUCUUGCGGCUCUUUUAAAGGUGGACCAAAGGCUCAAAGAUGGAGAAAUUUUUUCCACAUCCUCAUAUAUAUGUUGAAAGAACACUGGCAAUAAUAAAGCCUGACGUGAUUGAUAAAGCAGAGGAGAUUGAAGACAUUAUUCUGCGGGCCGGAUUUACAGUACUGCAGAAAAGAAAACUGCAGCUCAGUCCUGAACAGUGUAGUGACUUCUAUGCCGAUCAUUAUGGAAAACUGUUCUUCCCAAGCCUUACUGCCUUCAUGAGCUCCGGACCGGUGAUGACUAUGGUUCUUGCCAGAGACCAGGCAAUUUCACAUUGGAAAAUGCUUAUUGGACCAAAUGACAGCAUGAAAGCUAAAGAGUCGCAUCCAGAUAGUUUAAGGGCAGUCUAUGGGACCGAUGACUUGAAGAACGCUGUACAUGGCAGUGAUUGUUUAUCAUCAGCGGAAAGAGAAAUAAGGUUUAUGUUUCCAGACUCUGAGCUUGAAACCAUCCCUGUUGGCCAAGCGGCAACUGACUACCUUAACACAUUUGUUAACCCGACUCUGCUUAUUGGACUGACUGAGCUGUGCAAGCAGAAACCAGCAGACCCCAUCACCUGGUUUGCAGAUUGGCUUUUAGAAAACAACCCAAACAAACCAAAGGUUCGUGUCGGCCCAAUUUUGGAAGAAUCUACAUAACAAAUCUUCAUCUAAAAUGUCAUCCUUGUUGCUUUACAAGCACAUGUUCAAUUCAGUUUGAUUUUUUAUUGCACUCUUCACUGAGUGCAGACUCAAGAGUUCUGUAACAAGCGCUCAGGUGAAUUCAAUUACACACUUUAUAAAGUACUAAUUCCACACACACUUAGAGACACAGAUUUGUUCUUGGUCAUCAAUUCAUGUUCUCGUUCUACAACUGAAAUGCAUCACAAAGCUUUUUUGUAAUGUGUGAUAGUAGCAUGGGGAUGACAGCCUACCUGUGCCACACACACAAUACAGGGGGUCCUUGGGUUACGACACAGCUCACUUCCUACAAGAGUGAUGUUACCCGAAUUUUGGUGUAAGCUGAAACACACUCUAGCCUAAGUCACUUGCCUAUCUUAACACAUUUGCAAAAUCAUA